AUGCUCUACACCAAUCAAACCGCUUCUGAACUUGACGGAUACCGAUGCACGUCUUCUGGAAUAUUCGAGGCGCAGACUUCGAUUUGGAUGAAAAUCAAUUUCGUGUUCACGUUUCCUCUGAUUUUCAUCACGUUUUACACGAGUAUUUUCGCGUAUCGACGACUGAAAUAUAGGAAUGUCUAUUCCAGUGGAACACAGUUUAUACUGUAUGCGGUCUUGUUCAAUGCGAAUUUGAAUCAACUGGUUUAUUGUGUGAUUAGAAUCCGCCACCUCUUCCAAAUCAUCAACUACUCCUCCGACCCGUGUCUUAUUGAAUUCCACAGUACCGAAUGUUUCUAUGACAACAGUCUCUACAUGUUCAGCAACUAUUUUGCCACAUGGCUAGUUUGCUCGUUGACUUUCGAUCGAUUUUUGGCCUUUUAUGCGAGAAAAUUAUAUGUUGAGCAGGAGAAAUCGAAGAGAAUUGCAAUGAUGUUGGUUGCCGGCGCGAUCCUCUUCACCCUCAUCGGCCACGCUCUCAUCUACUUUGGAGUAAACCGUGCUGGAUAUGUGCCCUCUUGCCAAUACCCACCACACCUUGCAUUGAAUGGAUUUGCGAUUAUGACUAACCUGAAAAUCAUGUUCACAAUUGCGAAUUGUGUAGUCAUUGUGGUUUUGCUGUUUUUGAUCAUAAGAAAGGAUAGGAUAAUCCGUCAAUCUGUAUACGAUACCAAUACAAGAUACAGCUCAUACGAAAACGUGCUCACCACAAAAUCAGUGUUGAUCAUUGCAGUAGCUCAACUGUUCUUCUCGUGUCUUUCUUCAGUGGCAGUGACCAUAGUUCGAACCUUUGAAGCUGGAAUGUCAGAAUACACAUACCAUAUUUUGACACAAUAUGUCACGGGUCUCCUCUACGGCAACCUGUCCAUCCCAAUACUGAUCUACUUAAAAACCACUCAAUGUGUGCAGCUUCGACAUCGAAGAAUCUCGAAAAUGACGAAGCAACCGGACGUAUUGGAGAGUCGAAUGUUGUCGUUGAAGAAUAUGUGGGAGAAAGAAUAA